CAUUUAUUUAUAUAGCACCUUUCAAAACAAAGUUACAAAGUACUUUACAACAAAAAGAUCAGUACAGUAGCAAAAUACAGAAAAUACCAUCAAAAUUAAGAAAAAGUCAUACGAUAAAAAUGAGUCUUAAGAAGAGACUUAAAAGAGGAUACAGUAGUAGUCUGCCUAAUAUCCCCAGGCAGGGAGUUCCACAGCUUAUGCACACGGAUAGCAAAAGCACGGUAACCUUUGGUAACAAGUCGAGAUUUUGGAACCAUUAAUCGGGCCCUACCAGAGGAUCUCAAGCAGCGUCAGGCUCAUAAGCAGUUAAUAAAUCACAAAUACAGGCAGGAGCCUGACCAUUCAGGCUUUAAAAACAAGCAAAAUCGAAUUAAAAUCAAUUCAAAAACUCACAGGCAACCAGUGAAGAGCAGCAAGAAUCGGUGUAAUGUGGUCACUUUUCUUAGUACGUGUUAAAGGCCUAGCAGCAGCAUUUUAAAUUAGCAGCAAUCUUUGGAGAUUUUUCUUGCGAAUACCGGAAUAAAGUGCAUUAUAAUAAUCAAGUCUGGAAGAGAUAAAAGCAUGAAUGACCUUUUCCAAAUCUGCAAAAGAAAGGUAUGUCUUUAUCUUCGUUAGUUGCCUCAGUUGUGCAAAACAAGAAAGGACAGUUCUGAGUCAAAAAUUACACCUAAGUUGCAAGCCUCUUUUCGAACAUUAUUAGAUAAGGCACCCAGACUAGAAAGAUUAUUAAUACUAGCCCUACUGGGGCCACACGUGGUAAUUAUAAGCACUUCUGACUUGGAGUCAUUCAACUGCAGAAAAUUUUUCGACAUCCAAUUUUUGAUCUCAAUGAAGCAGGACAUAAAUGAGAUGUAUCAAUAAUACCAGGCUUUACCGGGACAUACAAUUGCGUAUCAUCUGUAUAGCAGUGGAACUCAAUGUCAUAACUACGCAUAAUUUGACCCAGGGGUAACAUGUAGAUAGAAAACAGAAGGGGACCCAAUAUAGAUCCCUGAGGGACCCCACAAAAUAAAGGAGCACGAGAAGAGGCGGCAUCUCCAAGCACUACGGAAAAAGACCUAUUCGACAAAUAAGAAAUAAACCAGUCCAGAGCUACAUCUCUGAUACCGACAAGUUUUUAAACGGUUGAUCAAGACAUUAUGGUCCAGAUGUUAAUUAUAUCAGGCUAGAAAGAUUCCAAAAUAGUUCAGAUUUAUAGUUCAAGAACUAUUGUACAAAUUCUGCCUCUUGUUUUCCAAUCGUACUGAAGAAGGGUCCUAAUAGGUUGCAGGCAUUUCAUUGUUUGUGUCAUUUCUAAGAAUGUCAUAUGACCAAAAUAAAUGAUCAAAUCAUAAUAAAAAUUAAGCUAACUUUAUGGAAUUCCGAAGCUGAAACACUAUGUUAAUUUCACCAAAAAGGUAAAAAUUAACCCUGUGUGACUGAUAGACAAUCGCUUGCAUAUGAAAUGAAGUAUGAAUGUCUGUCCAGUCUGAGUGUUUUGGGGGUUGGGUCAGGCUUUAGAAGAAGGUACACAGCAUCAGUUGCUGACACUGGCUAACCCUUUAGAAUAGGCCCUCUCUCAUGAUGUGGGAAGGCCGUGCAUCUUACCAACCAGUCCAUGUGCAGCGACACCAUUGCUCUAUACGUGUCCUCACUGCUUUUAAGAAAACAAUCCAAAAUAUACUGCUAACCCAUAUCGCUGAGAGGAACAGGUCAGUGGAUACAUGUAUUUUUUUAUACAUUGAACAGUUGUCAAGUUUCAGGUCAGAAUGUGAUGUUUAGAAAUGUAUUAGUCUAAAAAAACAGUAGUAUGCAUUCUGAAAAAAUAAUGGGUUUCACUAUUUUGAUGGUCCCUUUAACACAUUCUGUUCACUACAAGUAAUGUUGCACCUACAUAUUUACUACCUCUCAUUAGAGUGUUAGUAGACUGGUAGAAUAAGUUGACGUACUUGCAAAGUGACUUGUAGUCAGUAGAUUAUAUGUUGGGACACCAUCACAAAAUAAAGAGUUAGCAGAUAUUAAGUAGACAGUCUCUACUAAUAAUAAUGACAGUUACUUGACAUGUAGGUGCAAAUUUACUUGUAGUCAACAGAAUGCUCAAAAAGGGACCAUCAAAAUAAGUGUUACCAAAUAAUGCAACAAAAAAUGUUUUUAUUUAUUUUCUUUGAUUUGAUAUUUAUUGUCUCCCUAUAUACUAUUUUCAUAUCAAAACCAGCUUUCUUUAAUGAAAUAUUGUCACUGUAUUUUGAGUAAAGCAGUUAAUUUCGAUUUUAAAAGUAUAUUUUAACACCUGUAGUCAAUCCUUAGGAAUUAAAAAAAGAAAGACAAAAUGAUUGAAGGUGAUCGAGAACUUUCAGCUGUGAUUCAGGAGCUCUGGGACAAUGACGUCAAUCGGCUGAGACCUGGGAUAGAUUAUCGCAUAAAUCUGCAGGGCAAAGCGGGUAGUCUGGCAGGUUUUGCUGAUGACAAUGACAGAGCAGGGCUGCCUUUGUUCACAUUUGUUGACGAAAACAUUUUCAAAAAGGAGACUUUCUUGGCUUUUAUCUCACUUCUGGACAACUAUGAAAGUGAUACUGGUGAACCGGAGAUUGUCACACCAGAGGAAGAACUGGAAAAUCACAAGUUCCUGGAUUCAAUCCUAAAGACGCCCACUAUGAAGAUGGCCCACAGAUAUCUGGUGGGGAAGCAUCUCUCUCCAGAGGACACCACAGACUUCAAGAAGCAGCUCUAUCACAUUUGGUUUGAGCUGUACGCCAGGAGAGGAUCCAGUAAACCGGACUCGUCUGGUUUCGAGCAUGUGUUUGUAGGAGAGACAAGAGGAGGUCGUACUGUCAUCGGCUUUCAUAACUGGAUUCAGCUGUACUUACAAGAGAAACUAGGACACAUUGAUUACAAAGGAUACAGUGUGAAUGCAAACUCACCACAGCCAGAUGAGAACAAGCACAUCUUGGCUCUGCAGUUCAGCUGGAAGAACGGAAUCAAGCCCAAAGGAAGCAUCUUCAUCGGCGUGAGCCCUGAGUUUGAGUUUGCUCUGUACACUCUGUGUUUCCUCACGUCUCCAAACGAGCGAGUCAAAGUCUCCUUCAGCGUCUACGAGCUGGAGAUCGUCUGUCACCACUACAACCAGAAGCACAUCGGCACCACCUACCCUGUGCUCGUCAAAUACCUCAAACUAUAAACCGCUCCAGUGAUUCAUAGCUCAUGCAUUCAUAGUGGCUUGUGCUUAUGAUUUUAUGUUUGCAUUUCAAAAACAAUAAAC